AUGAUCAACGUCAGUGUUUUCAGUACCUCCAUAACCCUGACAGUCUCUCCCUCUGGACCUGUGGAGGUGAAUCAAACAGUAACAUUACAAUGUAUCUUUGAGAACUUUCCAAUAAGUGCAGCUUUUUACUCUACUGCAAGCAUUGACCCUUUCUGUGAUCUUUCAUCAGUACCAUCUGGAACAAAUUGUAAACCAACUGCUUGUUCUACAAAUUACAUUGCAACAUGUCCGAAUGAUAGAACAUACAGUGUGGUGUAUCCUGUUCCUCAGAGAUGGAAUGGGAAAGGAGUUUACUGCAAGGGAAUACUUACAGGAGAUGAGAGAAGUAAUCAAGUCAACUUCAGUGUUAUAGUUUUAGUAAAAUCGGUGACCCUGCACCCAACCCAGAUUACUAUGGAUGUUGGUAAACAGAUAACUCUAACUUGUCAGACAAAUUACUGUAACCCUGCAGCCAACAUCACGUGGUACAAGGCAUCACCCAUUCUGGCCACGCCAACCACAGAUACAACAGACAUCGACAGCAAUGGCCUUGUUAGAACAACAUCAGUACUACAGUAUACAGGUGUGGCAGGGGACAAUGGUCAACAGGUGUACUGUAGAGCCAGCAACAGACCGGGACAACGUGUGGAGUCCAACAAAUACAUGCUGGAUAUAAGAUAUCCUCCAUUCACUGACCCUGUCAUCACAGCCUCCCCUCCAGGACUUCAGUACAACACUGGAACUAGAGUCACCUUGACCUGUCAUCUAUCAGGGGGAAACCCUCUAGCAACAUUGUUAUGGAGAUGUAAAAACACAGUAAUGUCAGGAACCAAUCAGAGUACCUUUACUACAGCUGUCUCUGUGUUGUCAUUGGUGAUAGAUAGUUCCUUCAACAAUCAACACUGUGCUUGUACAGCUAAUCACAGCCUCUUAACCAGUCCUAAAUCAACGAGUGUGUCACUGACUGUAUUUUAUCCUCCAUCUACUGACCCUGUCAUCACAGCCUCUCCUCCAGGACUUCAGUACAACACUGGAAGUAGAGUCACCUUGACCUGUCAACUAUCAGGGGGAAACCCUCUAGCAACGUUGUCAUGGAGAUGUAAAAACAUAGCUAUGACAGGAACCAAUCAGAGUACCUCUACUACAGCUGUGUCUGUGUUCUCAUUGGUGAUGGAUAGUUCCUACAACAAUCAACAGUGUACUUGUACAGCUAAUCACAGUCUCCUUACUAGUCCUAAAUCAAGGAAUGUGUCACUGACUGUAUUUUAUCCUCCGUCCUCUGACCCUGUCAUCACAGCCUCCCCUCCAGGCCUUCUGUACAACACUGGAACUAAAGUCACCUUGACCUGUCAACUAUCAGGAGGAAAUCCUUUAGCCAUGUUGUCAUGGCGAUGUAAAAACACAGCAAUGACGGGAACCAGUCAGAGUAACUCUACUACAGCUGUCUCCGUGUUGUCAUUGGUGAUGGAUAGUUCCUACAACAAUCAACAGUGUACUUGUACAGCUAAUCACAACCUCUUUACCAGCCCUAAAUCAACGAGUGUAUCACUGAAUGUAUUUUACAACAAUAUCAUAACAUCAAAUUGGAAUCAAACAUAUUCCAUCAAAGAACAUGAAAAUUUCCAUUUGGAUUGUGAAGUGGAUGGAAAUCCGUUAUCUAACAUUACUUGGAUGCUUGUUAAAAGUAGCACUGUUUUAAAAAAGAACUACAGGGUGAAGAAAAGCUCACUGGAAAUAACUUCAGCAGCGUGCUUGGACUAUGGGACUUACAAAGUAUUAGCAGACAAUGGAAAAGGUCCUAGAGCUAGUAAAACGGCAAAAUUGAUAGUGAAAUGUAAACCUCGGUUAUACAUGACAGACUCUAUAACACCAGUCAGAAUUGGUGUUGGAAAUAACGACCCUCUCCAAAUAUUUGUGAGAAUUUUAUUGUUUCCACCAGCUAUUCAGACAACAUGGUAUUUCUCAGGAAAAACAAAUGAAAACAAAAUCAUAAGGAAUUCUAUAGAUGGAUACAGAAUAAAGCACAGAAAUGGAGAUGUUGAACAAAAUAUCACUCUCUACAAAGAAAGUGUAAAUAUCGAGGACUUUGGACACUAUACCCUAAGAGUAGAAAAUGAAAUUGGUGUCUUUACCAUGAUCUUCUAUGCGAUUUCCACAAAGAAAAUGGAUGUUUAA